AUGUAUUAUACAACAGUGACGGAAAUCAUCUACUUUUUUUUCCAGGCAGAAGCGAUUGUAGAUGCUCAAGAACGCGAUGGCGAGAUUUACUACAAAGUGCUUUGGAAUGAUAAUGGUCCAAAACAGUCUUGGGAAGUGGAAGCCAAUCUUGAAAGUCGUCAUAACUCGAUGAUUGUUGAACAAUAUAAAAUCAAACAUAAAAGAAAGAUGACUAACAUUAUUAAGAGGGUGGACGCCGUUCGUCAGGGUGAUCUUAGUGACCCAGAAGUAACAAAUAAUAAUGACGAAUUACGACCUCAAGUAUUAGAUCUAGAAGAGAUUGUGGAAGGAAUGGACAAGGCAACAGCCCUUGUCCAUAAACAGUUGCAUUACGACAAUCAUUUGUAUACUCCUACAGAGCAGGAGACGACUUCCAUCGAAAAUUCAGCCGGAGCAAGAAGAACUUUAGAAUCAAACCGAGAAAAGACCAACUUUUUUGCCAAUGUUAGGAGUCGAACUCGCGGGCGUCCUAAGAAACCACUCAUGCAUUCCACAUCCGAUUCAGAGAAUGCUGUGACUGCGAAACGAUCUGCCAGCAUAGAUACGAGAAGGCGCGGUAGAGGGCGUCCAAGAAAACUUGUUUUCGACACUGAAAAUUUGAAGUCGAAAGACAGUUCUGAGGCUUCGGAAUCCACUUCUUUUCGGGGAUCACCUUCCGCAGGACUUCCGAAUAUAAUUACCCCAAAUCAGUCACCUGUUAAGUUAGGACCAGUUCAGGAAGUCAAUGCUGAAGGCGCCUCCGAUGGUUCUUGCUGGGUUCAGGAGAGCGCGCAUGGUGAAGAUGCAACCCCAAGUUUAGCAAAAACAGCCGAACAUGUAGCGGUUGACGACGUACAUGAUAUGAAGAGAGGGAAGCCUCGAGAAAGUGAAAAUGAAGAUAUGAUGAACUUGCCCACUCGCAGGUUUUGUGUGUAA